CACCCGAAAUAGAUGUAAUUUCGGACAAAAUGUCGUCGCUGGGAGAAGCGCAGAAAGAGUUGAAAGAGUUAUUGAAUUCAAAACCUACCAGUAUCGCACCAUUGCCAUUUAUUCGUGUUUUGUCCGUCUUAAAAAUUCCAGAAGGCUCAUCAACAAAGCUGACAACAUUAAAAACAGUUGAAGCUGCAAAAGCUGGAUUUACUGGUGGGGUGUUAUCAGGACUAUGGGUCACAAUAAUGGAUCAGAAAUAUGAGGUAUCUACAACGUUUACCUUCAGGAAGAAGGCCCUCGUGGAUAACGCAGUUCGUUCUGGUGUAGCUGGAAUAAUACUGGGUGGCACAUUUGUGGGAGCAAUGGAAGCCUUGGCCAGACUGAGGAAUGGGAAAAGCGACGCCCUCAACGCCUUUGGAGCUGCCUUUGCCUGUGUUGCCCCGUUUGCUAUAUACAGGCGUAACCCAAUGAUGUUUUUAGCAGCCGGCAUUACAUGGGGCUCCAUUGCCGGAGCUUUAAGACUUGCCAGUGGAUCUGAAUACUCUUCCUUUUUGAAGCGUGAACCCGAUGCUCCGUCACAGCCCAGUAUCUACCCUGAAACAGUUGUAUACUUUGAAAAUCUGAAACGUGAAAUGGCAUUUAGAAAGAAGCAGCAAGAAAUGAAUGAGGCGUGUACGAAAUAGAUUUUGGAAGGGAUGACAGCAGGGAAUAGAUUUGUGACUAUAAGUGUUGAGAAGCUUCUGUGCAGGGUUUUCAUUGGUCUCCAUCAUGUGAAACUUAAUGGCUGUUAGAGAGCUAUGUAACAACUUAUUUAUAUACUGAAAGCUGCAGAUAAUAGACUUUAAUAUCGUCAUAUUGAAAUAUGUUAGAAAAGGAGACAAUAUUUAGUGUUUAACUGUUUUCAGAAAUAAUAAAAUGUUUUGAUUAGGAAAUAGAAAUUUUAAUUGAA